AUUACAAAGUUUUUUUUUUAAAAUUCAGGCACAAAAGCGGGUAUUUAUAAAGAGCCAUUUCACACAUUGAUUUGAACUUUUCUCUCAGCCUUUUUCUUACAAUGAAUUCCAUCUCCUCCUCUCUCUUGAAAAACAUCUCAUCACGCACAGCCUCACGCCCUAUAGCUGCAUCUACCUCUGUCUUGACUGCAAAUGUAAGCCGCGUUGGAGCUGUACGUGCAUCGUUAAUGCACCAACGAGGAUACACAUCAUCUGCAACACCAAAAAAGAGCAGCUCCGGUAGACUCGCGUUUUUAACUUUAGCUACACUUGGUGGUAUUGGUGGUUAUUACUAUACAUCAGCCCAAGCAAUCAAAACAAAGACUAUCCCAGUAACAACUACAAAGAAAGAUAUUGAUUACGAAAAGAUUUACAAAGAGAUUGCUGAAAUGCUGGACGAGAACCCAGAUUACGACGAUGGUUCAUAUGGUCCUGUUCUUGUCCGCCUUGCUUGGCACGCUUCUGGUACUUAUGAUAAAGAAACCAAGACUGGUGGAAGUAACGGUGCUACAAUGAGAUUUGAGCCUGAAUCUGCUCAUGCUGCUAACAAUGGCUUAGCUAUCGCCAGAGAUUUACUAGAAAAGAUUCACCAAAAACACCCAGAGAUCAGCUAUGGUGAUCUUUGGACAUUAGCAGGUGUAUGCGCUAUUCAAGAAUUGGGUGGUCCUACUAUUCCUUGGAGACCUGGUCGUCAAGAUGCUUUCGAAGCAAAAAGCUGCACACCUGAUGGUCGUCUCCCUGACGCUACAAAGAAAGAAGACCAUAUCCGUGAUAUCUUUUACAGAAUGGGUUUUAAUGAUCAAGAAAUUGUUGCUUUAACUGGUGCACAUGCUUUAGGUCGUUGCCAUCCUGAGCGCAGUGGAUUUGAUGGACCAUGGCAAGAAGCCCCAACCAUUUUCUCCAAUGAAUACUUUAAGGCUAUUUCUGGUCGCAAAUGGAUCAAAAAGACUUUACCUCAUGGUGGAUGGCAAUGGGUCGAUGAAAACAAUACAGAUGUGAUGAUGUUACCUGCUGAAAUAUCCAUGUAUAAUGACAAGGAAUUCAAAAAGUAUUUCGAUUUGUAUGCUAAGGAUGAACAAAAGUUCUUUGAAGAUUUCACUGCUGCAUUUGUCAAGCUUCUUGAAUUAGGUGUCCCAUUCAAGGGUGAUGAAAAAGUCUAUCGCUUCAAAGCUACAACUGAAUAAGGCAUUUAAUGUAAUUUAAUUAAUAAAAUAAAUAUGCAUUAAAAAGUCAAAUUUCGUAAAACUGUAUCAUAAGAGGCAAC